ACAUUUUUAAAGGUUUGGUGCAGGCACAUAUAACGUUGUUAUUUCAAAGUGGGGGUGGAGGGGGUGACUUCACAAUUGUUUAAACAUUCUUCAAAAUCCUAAAUCAGUUGAGGUAGGCACCUUACACAACCUAAUGAAUCCCCCUAACCUUUGAUUUCUUAAAGUUAGGGAGGAUGGAUCCAUUCAGUACAUCGGUUCAAUUUAUACCUUUGGGCUUACAUUGUACAUUCUUAAACAUUCAGUAUUACUGUUUAAAAAAGGUGUGGGGCACCCAAUAUAUCUUUUUAAAUGUGGGAAUAAUUUUCAAUAAACAUACCUUCCCCUAUCAGACUAGCAGACGCAGUCAUAGCCCUCAACUCAACUCAAAACGGGUUAGAUGUUUAAGUCUGGCUUUAAACAGGUGAACACACGAUCGCUGACUUCUUUUCCAAUAAAAACACUGUACAUUUUGAUGUUCCUUGCAUUAUUUCUACUCCAAUUUCAAAGUAGUUGUGAAAUUUAUGCCUGCUCUGCACAGUAUAAGAUGACUAACCGGCAGAGCUAUACCUGUGCAGUUCGUAUUAUAUAUGACGUGGUAAAAUAUUGAAUUCAAACUUUGAAACACUAAAUCGUAUUUAAGUCGCAGUUUGUACCAAAAUCAUAGACAUUUGAUAACAUCCAUGCUAUUUCCCUCCAGUGUAAAAAUGUUUUUGCAACCUUCAUUUACCAAACGAGUUCGCCUUCAACAAGUUUUAUUACAAUUUCAAAGGUGCAGUUCUUGUUUAUUUCUGCAAAUUCCUAAAAUUCCCAUCAUGACAUUGUGAAAAUUAUAAUGUUUAACCAAGUAAACCAAUCAAAACUAUAUUAUAUGCGUUCUAUCAGACACACCGUUGAAUGUUUUAUAGGAAUGAAAAGUGUUCAGUGAACUUUGGUAAACCUUUUACGGGAUUCCACAAAUAUCUACAAUCGUGCAAACAAAGACUACUGUUUUUAUAGAUAGUUCUAAAUAUAUGCUCUCAAUAGAAAAUAUCGAUAUGCCCAUUCACUGGGUUUCGUUUGGAUAUUGGGAAUCCAUAAAAGUGAUAAUUUUCAAUCAAAAUUAUCAAAUGGCAGUGGGUUAAAAUGAAUUGGGGAUUUCCUGUAUAUGUGAUGACCAACAGGUAAUACUUUCGCUAUAUAUGACCCCCGAGGGUCUCUACAGCCCAGUAGCUAAGUACUUCGUUACUAGCUUGAAAAUACGGAUGUAUAUUUAAUUGCUGUUAUAAAAUUUAGGAAUUCAUUUCAAAAUUAAGGAUUAUCUCCCUCAUGCAUAGCUCUUAUCCUUGGACAAAUUUGGCUCCACUUGUUUGGCACGCUGUUUUUGGCUAUAUUUAGAUCCAAAACUUCAUAGUUAUUUCGGAUUUCAAAGAUUUCGGUUGAGCAUCACUGAAGAGACAUUAUUUGUGGAAAUGCGCAUCUGGUGCAUCAAAAUUGGUACCGUAUAAGUUUUACAUGCUAGUGACAAUACUCUUUUGAUUAUGUAUAGAAGAUCCCUAUUUCCUGGUGUGUCAUGAGUAAUAUUCUUUUUCAUUUUUGCACGGUUUUUUUUUCAUAGACAUGCUCUUAAAGCAUAUUCUGCCUUUUUUUCUCAGUCAAGGGUAUUUGCAGAGGACGAUAUGGACGUCACAUAAAUGAAGAAAUUAGAAUAGUGUUAAUUGGUAAAACUGGGAGCGGAAAAAGUGCAACAGGAAACUCCAUUUUAGGGGAACAAAUGUUUGAAUCAUCUAUCUCAGGGUCAUCCGUCACAAGUAAAUGUUCCAGACAACACGCACUUCGAUUCACUAAACGAAUUCAAAUUGUUGAUACGCCUGGCAUUUUUGACACUAGGCAAUCAAAUGAAAAAAUUCAGGAGGAAAUUGCAAAUUGCAUAGAUAUCACAUCGCCCGGUCCUCACGCUUUUAUUUUGGUACUAAGCAUUUCAAGAUACACGGAGGAAGAGGACAAAUCCAUUUUGCAUUUUGUCAAACAUUUUGGUGAUGACAUCUUCAAGUAUUUCAUUGUCCUUUUCACUCGAAAAGAUUAUCUUGACGAGGAAGGACAAACCAUACAACAAUAUAUUGAAACCGUUCCUUCUAAACUAAAAUUGAUUAUUCAAAGGUGCGCUGGCAGAGUCAUCGCAUUCAACAAUAGACUUAACGGGGACGAAAAUUACGCACAAGUUGUGGAAUUACUAUCGAUGAUAUUGAAAAAUGUAGAGAACAAUGAGGGCAUGUGUUAUACAAAUAAAAUGUACCGUGAAGCUGGAAAACUUACUACGGAAAGGAAAGAGGAGGAAUUGAAAAGGGCCACAGAAGAAAAAGAAAAAGAAUUGAAAACACUCGAAAAUAUAUUAGAUGAAAAGCAUAAAGCCGAGUUUGCGGAGCUAGAGAAAAGGCGUCAGAUGACACGUAGACAACUUGAAUCGUUGCAGAUAAAGGAUCAGCAAAAUGAGAAAGAAUCAAAAUUGCUGCAGCAGCAGUACAAAACAUUACAAAGGAAAUUGGAAUACAAGAAAAUGGAUCAAAAGAAAAAAAUAUGAAACUAUACGCUCUGUACCACCAUCUAGUUGGGAUAAAAAAUCAUAUAGUUAGAUUUUUAGUGUUGUUUUAAAUGGACACUAACGUCAUAGUAAAGAAACACAGUGUUUAAAUGUAAUUCGUCAUUUUUUCGUUUGCUAAAAAUAUUCUGACAAACAACACAAUGAGAUAUUGUUCCUAGAUACAUCAAAGAAGAGAGAAGUUUUACUAUACGUGAACACAAAACACUCAUAUAAUAAAUGUAGCGCUAAACCAUGGCGUAUUUUAGGGUGGUCCCUACCACAACAUUUAUGAAUACAAUUGUGAAUGUAAUUGACAAUCCAUUUCUUGUUAGUUAAUAAACAAGAUAUUUUAAAAUAUCUUUUGAGGGCACUCAUUAACGCAUUCAUAUGUUUGUGUUUUCUUACCCAAUUGUACAUGUUAUGCUUUAAUGAUACAUGUAUAUCAUUUACCUAGUGUUCUAGUUUACUUUCAGUGCAUGUCAUGUAACUGUCACUGUCUAACAAGCCUUUUCCAUUAACGGUUUAGUUCAUGAUAUUCCA